AUGGAAGUUGACCAGGCAUCGGGUGUGUUGCACUCGAUUUUGAGCACCGAAGAGAUGGAAGCGAUUUCUGAAACAACGAUAAAGAAGCUGGAGGAUGCUUGCGAAAAGAAGUUUGAGGAGUUCCUCACAGCAAAAGCGUUAUGUGAAACCAGAAAGACUGACCUAGAAAAACUGAAAAUUGAUUACGAGCAGAAAAUCGAAGUGCUAACGCUGAAAGCCGAAGAUGAAUCGGCCAAAUAUCACUCCUCUCAGCAGAGCGUAAAAGAAAUGCGUAUCCAUCUAGAAGAUGUGAAGCAGGAGCUUGUAAAAACCAAGGAAAAACUUUCUUUCAAUGAUACGGAAGCAAACCGUUGCCGACAAGAACGCAAUCAGGCGUUUUCCGAACGUGAUACUAUGGACAGUGCUCUUCGGCGUAAGGAACUGGAAGUCGAUCGGUUACACCAUGAUGUGGUCGAGCUUGAGAAAAAGCUCAAGUCGGCAAACGCAGCUAAGUGUGAAGCGUUGGCCAGACUCGAAGAUAUAGUGAGCAAAGAACACAGUCUCGAGUUUAAGGAAAAACGCAUGGACCAGGAGGUGUCGAUGCGCGAUAAUCAAAUCGCAAGGUUGACACAGGACUUGGAUCAGGCGUUGCGCGAGCUGCAGGCGAUCCGACGCGAUCAAAACAUCAAAUCGCUCACGGUGGAGUCGAAGCUGUCGGAAAAAAUAGAAGAGCUCAAAAUUGCGAACCAAACGAUCACGCAUCUUUCAGAGCAAAACGGCGAGCUUUCGUCAAAGGUGGAAGAAUUGGCGACGAAGAACAUGAAGCUAACAAAUGAGAUGUCCGGCAUGAUGGAUACAUACCACAAACAACUGGAAUCCCAAAACAGACUGUGUGAGUUAUUACAGCAAGACAAACACGACCAGGUUGCACAAACCAAGGAGUUGGAAAAUUCGAUUACAUCUCUGCGUCAAAUGCUCAGCGAAGCUACCGAAUCGUGCGGACAAAUCGAAACCGAGAAGAAACAGCUCGAGCUUAAGCAUGGAGAGGAACUAGCGCAUCAAGAGAAAAUCAUCGGUGAUAUGCAAGAAGAGUUGAAACGUGCCAACGAACUUUUGGCUGAAGCGCAGCAAGAGAACAUUGAACACGCGGUCGAAAUGAUAGCUCCGACGGCGGCCGCAACCAGCCGCAUGAUAAAAACCGGCAUGUCGUUAACGGAGGUUUACACCCAAUACGUACGUACUAUGGAAUCACUACAGAAAGAGCAGAAAGAAAACGGCAAAUUGAAGUUGCAACUGCAAAACAUUCUGCAAGAGCUGCAACAAAAAGCUCCCGAGAUUUCGCGCCAGCAGAAUGAGAAUCAAAAUCUGAAGGACGCUAACGAGGAGAUAACGCUGCAGCUCAACAAAAUGAUUGCGGAGAGCGGAGAAGUUCGUGCAGAGAUGGGCGCACUGAGGGAAAAACUGCGUUAUGUGGAAAGCGAAAACAAAAAAUUCCGCCAAGAACGGGCUGAUCUUAGUCGUCAGAUAUGCCACCUGCUGAAUGAAAUCGAACGAAUUCAGAACGGUGUUAGUGCAUUUGACGCAGAUCAAUCUUAUUCGAGCACUGCUAUUCCGUGUGAUGUCAUCUCUAAAAAGAUGGUUACUUUUAGCAACAUCCAGAGUCUACAAGACAAUAACAUCAAAUUGUUGCUCGUUGUGCGCGAUUUGAGCGCGAAGGUAGAGGAAAUGGAAAAGGUGCAAAAUUCGAUGAGUUCGGCGACAUACGAGGCUAAAUUAGAGGCAUGUGACAAACGUAUUCACGAGUUGAAGGAUACCGUAGAAAAGCAUCGGCACAUGCUAGAACAGUGCAGUCAACAGCGUGACCGUUACAAGAAAAUGUAUCACGAUGCAAUGCGUAGCUACAACCCGGGGGCAACUACAUCCGUUAGCAUGAACGGUGAAAUGAAUUCGCAAAACGAAACGAUGGAAGGCGUUGAUGAGAUAUCGUUUGCACACGAUAGCACGGGUGUUAGCAGAUCGGUUGUGAAAGACGCCAGCAGUUGCAACAACAACAGCAACAUGUCGGCAAUAAUUGUGGAGAAAGAGCGAAAGGUUGUUGAUCUGGAAGCCAAGAUUAAGGAAUUGCGCAAAGAGAUGAAUGUUUUGAAGGAGGAAUACGAAUCGUACCGGCGAGAAAAGUUCUCGAAUGAUAAGCUACUAAACGAGCAACUUGAGCAUUUACGCAAGGAGCACGGUGAAAUGUCAGCUGAAAACAUGAAGUUGAUGGGCUCAAUCGAUUUUAAUACAGAGCAAAAUCGAAUGAUGGUAAAGAACAUUACAACGUAUAAGAACCAGAUUUCGACCUUAGAGGAGCGCAACCGUAACUACGAAAGUACGAUCGCAAAGCAGGAGGCCUCAAUAAUGUACCUCAAGGAUGAUGCUAUGAACGCACAAUCCAAGCUAGCUAGGGCUGAAGUGCAGUUGGAGAAUCUGAAGCACGAGUGUCGCAUCCUGAAAGACAGUGAGUCUCGGCUCCAGACUGAGCGUGAAAUAUUAAACCGAGAGCGGUGUAAUCAGAACCUUUUGUUGAAUAAUCUUGAAAUGAUUAAGGUGAGCAUGGAACGAUCGGAAAGCGAAGGUCGGUUGAGGCUUGAGUCACGUGUUGAUGAAAUAUCUCGCGAAUGUUCGGCCUUGCGGCGCCGGUUACAAGAGGAGCAAGAUCGUUUCCGCGAGCAAAUGGCGCACAUGCAGCGCCAGACGGAAACAGCCCAAAAGCGCAUGGAGGAAGAAGUGGCUAUUGCGGAAGCUCACCAAGCCGAACUUCGCGAUGUUCGAGACGAACUGGAAAUCAAGUCGCGUAAAAUUGAUGAUCUGCAACGUAAAUUGCAAGAAACACUCUCACCGAACGACGAAGACAAUCCAAUUACACAAGCGAAGCGAAAGAUACGCGAGUUGGAGCAGCGCUUGGCAGAGAACGUUGUUGAGGUUGAGUCACUUCAAGAACAACUCGUAACGGCACAAGAACACAUAAAGCAGUAUACGGAUCUUGCCGAAUCUGCCGAGAAAGAGCUCAAAGAUCUAACGGAGCUAUACAACCGCCAGAAAGAAAUGAGCGAAACCGAGUUGAUGAAAUUCCGUAAAAUCGAGGAAGAUCUGCGAGCUAAAGUGGACGAACUGAAAACAGAGGUAUCACUUAAGAUCACCGGUGUACAACUAACCACAGGAGACAAAGAUUCCGAAUUGCACAAAGUGCAGCUAGAGCUGAAGGAUACGCUAGAGAAGGUAGCAGAACAGGGCCGAGAGCUGCGUGAAAUGCGUGAAAAGUGUAACUCUUUGACUGAGCAGGUUCACAUGGCAGAGCAAAAGUAUGCACGAGAAAUGGCGCAACACUCGAGUGACAUUCAGCAGCUGGCGCAGAUGAAGGAAGACAUGCAACGAACAAAGGCACAGUUUGACGAGCUCCGUGAAAAGCGCGAACAGGCUCAGGAACGGCUGAAAACGAACGAAGAGUGUUGGACAAAUCGAGAGCAAAUGCUUCGUAAAGAAAUGGCUCAGCUGGAGGAGCAGGUUAACAAUCUUAAUUCGCAAAACAGUGCGCUGCAUGAUCAGAUCGAGAGUCUCAGCACUCGAAUGUCAAUCAAUGCUGCGGCCCUUAACCAUUCGACGUCAGCAACGGACGCGAAUGUUGCAGAUGAGUCCAUGGCUGGAGACAACUCUCUGUUGAACAGGUCUUUGAACGACGAGGAAAAGCACUCGAUCGAACAGCUAAUGCAGAUUCUAAAGUACUUGCGGAAAGAGAAAGACAUAGCGGUGGCUCAAUUUGAUGUGCUGCGUUCGGAGAAUAUACGCUUGCAAUCGGAGCUAAUGUUGGUGCAGAAAAAACUUGAGGAGUCGCAUGCCGAACUGACCGAGGCACGGGAGAAGAACGAUACCGGUAUUGUGACGGCGGCAAAACACGAGGAAAUAUUGCGCAAACUCGACACAUAUAACGCCAUUACGGAUAGCAAUCGCGUUUUGCGUGAGGAGCGGGACGGUCUCAAUCAGAAGGUGAAAGAGCUGUCCCAGAGACUGCUUGAAGCCGAAGAUAAGUUGUUCCCGUUGGAGGAAAAGGUGCGCGAACUUUCCGUGAAGCUGGAGUCUUCCUCCAAUGAAAACACCACGCUACGAAUGGAUGUGGCACGCCAACGCCAGCGUAUGACUACGUUAGUCGAGCGCUCGUCUAAAACCAAUUCGGAUGACUGGAAGCGCAUGCAGACGGAACGUGAAAAUCUUGCAAAGAUGCUCAUGGCCGAAAAGGACCUACUCAAGCAUGCCAACGAGGAGCUCAAUACACUGAAGCUUGAGCGAACACGCCUCGAGGCAGAUCUUAAUGCAACGAACAAACAGCUGCAUGCUAGCAACGAGCAAGUAAAGCGCCUAACUGAGGAUCUUGAGGCUACUGCCACCCAGUCUGUAGAAACAGAAACGCUAAAAGCAAAACUUAAAAAUACAGAAGAGCAGUUGGCGGAGGUACGCAUCAAAGAAAGCCAGAUUCGGAAGAUCGCGAAACGCUACAAGGACUCAUUUACGGAACUAAAGCGUCAAACGGACGAGCGAGAAGCGGAUGGUGCUGGCAGUGCUGCGGCUGGAGGCACAUCAGGCGAUGUUGCUGCAUCCGGUGCGAGCGGUUCUGAAGAGGGGGCUGUAGAUUUGGAAGACAUGCGUAAGCAAAUCGAUGCGGCAGCUGAGGAAAUUGACACGCUUAAGAAAGAAAAUGAAUUGUUGCGUGCUAAAUUGGAGAAAGCAGAGCGAAGCAUGGAAUUGGUAAAGGAUGCGAAGCAUCGCAUUCUUAGCCUGACCGAACAGAAAAAUAAUGCAACACGUGAGCUGAGCGCAGUCAAAGGCCAGAUCGAUCAGAUGCGCGAGGAAACUGAUCUGCUAAAGGCUCAGUACGAGGGUCGAAUGACUCGCUGUGAGAAGGAGAGCGCAGAUGCGGAUCGAGAAAGCAAGGAUACGAUUAGCCGGUUGACGCGCGAAAACGAACAGCUGUCGAUGCGUUUGAGCCAGCUAAACCGUCAGCUUGGCUUGCAACAGGCUGUUGCCAAACCGACGACAAGUGCAGUUGGUGUAGCAGGAGCAUCGGAGAAACCGGCAGGUGAAAGCCCGCGUACAGCAAAUGUGAAACCAAUGGCAGGACCAAGCCAGCAGCAGUCAGCAGCCGUCACACCGAGAAGAGUUAAUGAAACACCGCUCGCCAGCAUCCGACCGAUGGCAGUCAGUAGCCGCACGGCUGCCGUGCUACCGACCAGUCAGAGCAGUAGUACAAAUGUCGCGAUCGUGCAAGGAUCGUCUGCAUCGACUACUCCGGCCUCCGGUGUUGGAGUAUCUGGUGGUGCUACGGCAAGCAAUAGCAAUGUUACCGCCACAACUGUAGCGGCUGGUAGUAGCAGUGCGCCAGGUACUUCCAGCUCUGCAGGUGGCAGUGGAAGCGGAGGAGCAACAGGUGCCGCAUCAACCAGUGGUCUCACAACAGCUCUAGUGCCACCGCAACAGCAGGUUCACAGCGCUACAGCCACUAGCAGUAGCAGCAGCAGCAGCAGUAGCGGCGGUGGAAUCAAUGCUGUAAUGAACGAGUCAAUAGCGUCAUCGUCUCCUACGAGCUCUCACACAGACUAUAUGCCUGCGACGAGUUCGGCCAGUGUGGCCGUUGCAGCCGUGCCGCCGAUGGGUACCGCAUCAACCUCAACUGCCGAAAGUUCCUCGUCUUCGUCUUCCAGCACUUCGCAGGCCGACGGUGAUAACGCGCAACAGGUCGGUAGCAACGAUCCACAGGCACAACAACUGCAGCAGCAACAGGUGCUGCAGGCCGCCGUUGCCAUGGUUAUGCCUCACGUCGAAGCAGGUGUAGGCCAACAACAGGCACUUCAACAACCGCUGUCGCAACAAUUGCCACAACAGCAGCAACAAUCACAACAACAACCACAGCAGCAACAACUUCAGCCACAAUCAGCGACUCAACAAUCCUCCCAGCCAGUGCAACAGCAACCACAGCAACAACAGUUGCAACAGCAGCAGCAACCUGCUCCACAAGCUUCGUCUAGUAAUACUGUGACAACGACGCAGGCUGGUCACAAAAGACCACGUGACGUUGAAGGUGAUAGUUCUACUGAUACCGUUGGGCAGCCGUUGGCUAGCAAACCGGCACCAGCAAAAAAGCGUAUUCGAAUGGUUCAAAUUGCGGCGGAUGGCUUCCAGGGUGUCAGCGAGUCCGGGCUGGAUGUGGAGUACCAGGUGCCGACGUCAUCCCAGCGAGACCAAGAGGAUGACAUUAUUGUGGUAGAUUCCGAAGAAGAAGACGACGAUGAUGAAGAUGAAGAUGACGAGGAAGAGGACGUUGGAAUGGUUGACGAAGGUACAGCGGAGGCGGACGACGGUCCAUUCGAUGGGUAUGAAACGGAAGAACUGGGCGUUGCUGGUGGCGUUGGAGCUUAUGAUGAGGGUGAAGGCCCGGACAUUGACGAAGACAACAUUCAGUCCGUCAACAACGAGGUCGACGUAGAUGAAGAUAAUGAAGUUCCAAAUCUUUGCGGUACUUCCUCCACUACCUCUUCAUCUACAUUGUCGUCCUUGCUGUCGGCUAAGCAGCUACCAAGUCAACAUGCCGAUCCAAUGGAUACAACAGCGGACGUUGAAACGAGCAGUACCACGGCAUCCGCCGGUGCUAGUUCGGUUCCUACAGCCGGACCGUCAACUUCGAUGGAAUCGUCGUCUGCCGUAGAAAGCGGUGCUAGUACUAGCUCCUCCACCAUCGGUGGCAGCACAACAAAUGAUGCGCAACAGCUGCCCCAGAUUCAAAGCACCACAGGUGCUGGUCCUAAUGAACCAUCCAACGGAAGCGGCCAACAAUCGUCUUCCUCCGUUGCGCUUCCAUCGACAGCAGCGACAUCCUCCGGAUCUGGGUCAGUUGCAGCACCCUCUCAGGCCGUUGCUGCUAGUAUCGGCGUUGCUGGUAACGUAGCUACCACAGCACGACAGAUAGUCAAUCCGCUUAGCCGUCAGCAACAGCAGGCGGCACACCUGAUGCUGAUGCAACAAAACUUUGAGCAUCAUGAGAGUGCGGAUGAUCGAAUUGUUCCCAGUACGCCGACACUGUAUGCCUCUCGUCGAACGGAUGGCUUCAAUGUAAGUUCGCCGCACCCACAGGUUCCAACUGCUCGGUUCACUUUCGGGGACACUUCUCUAAGCCGUCAGUCAGUUGGCGUAGUACCUACCAGUGCUAGUGCCGGAGCAGUUGGAUUACCGGAAGGGAUAGAUGACACACGCAUUGAUCUUUCUCAGCUGGAAGAGCCAACAGCUGGAAACAGCAGCAGCGGAGGACGCAGCGUGCCCACGACACCGCAGCUCUCACACACCGAACAUUCGUUAAUGGCUACGGUCGGAGUGGCAGGGCCAUCGUCUAGCAGUGGAAACACUAGCAGCGAACGACUAUCUUCUGGUGGAGGCGAAAGUCAGGUGCCUGAUAUUUUAGUUUCAGGAGCUAGUGUUGGAGAUGGUUAUAUCCCUGAAUCAACUACCAGUAGCAGCAGUAUCGAACCCCUCUUAGGGUCCUACACAUCCGAGGCUCAAGCAUCAUCGGAUGCUGGGGCUGGGGCACUCGAUCGUAGCGAGCGAGAGUUGCUGGAAGAAGAUGACGACGACAAUAUCGUCGACGAUGGUAUUGCCGAAGGGGACGCUCGGGGAGUUAGAGCCGCGUUAAACGCAACUAUCGGUACCGACGAUGAUGUAGAUGACGACGUCGACAUGGAAGAUCAAAACUCAUCUUCGACGACUACAACCACAACCACUGCAACAACUGCCACCAAACAUUCCAUCCCAACUUCAGGUCCUACAACAUCUGGGGGAAUGGCUGGAGGAACAGGUACUGAACCGUCCCCAGCUGUCCCAAGCACGUCUGCCGGUUCUGGCAUGGCAACUGGAUUAUCAGCGGGUACGUCGCAGAGCUCUGAAUCCGCUGGUACCAGUGGAAUUUCUUCCGCUUCCAGAAAAAACGAAGCAGAUACUGGAGCCGGCGAUGAUGGAGUUAGCUCAGAAGGAGAAAAACUUAACACCACCUUGCAACAGUUACCUAUGGAAGAAAGCAGCGAAGCUGAUGUUCUAGAAACUCCGAGCAGUAACACGCGAUCACGUACUGCAACUCAUCGCGUAACAUCAGUACAGCGCCGAGCUGCAGGACGUCGUUAUACUCAACGAUCUAGUAAUCGUACACCAAUCACUUGGAACGAGAGCAGACCUCUAAAUCGCUCAGGCCCACCAACGAUGGCCUCUCCGCCACAAGCGCAGCAUUACCAAUCGCAACACAUGAUGCAGCAACAGCACAUGCAACAGAUGCACAUGCAGCAUCAACAACAACAGAUGCAGCAGCAACAGCAGAUGCAGCAACAACAGAUGCAACAGCAACUUCAGCAUCAGCAGCAAAGACAACAAGGUUCUAUACGAAGACCGGGCGGACGGCGUGCAAGACGUUCUAAUGCACCGUAUCAGUAUCAGUAAGGAACAAGCGCAAACAUAUUUUGUGCACCGGUGUCAUGUGCGGUGUUGUUCCUUUCUCUACAUUACAUUGAUUUUCAUCUCUACUAAGUGUUGCGUUUAGAGUAACAUGGGUAUCGAAAGACAACUCAGCGUCGAAAAAAAAACAGAAUGAAUAUGACUAUCAAAAGCACAGAAAGCUAAAACAGAGAUGGUCAAGUUUAAUUUACUUACAAUUACAUAGUUCUUAGAUCGUGAUUUUUUUCCUUAUACAACAACAUAAACACGUUUAAGAGUUAGCUUUACUGGCGGUAACGAAAGAUCCAGUACGAAUU